AAUGCCAGGAAAUCUGGGCUGUGGGACAUGAGAUUGGGCUGCCAGUGAGGAUGGCACUGAGCUGACCACCCAGGACAAUGGUGGCACCUGGGGCUAUGGCGAUGGGGGCCACACGGGCUGGGCAAGGCACUCUGGAGAUGGCUGCCCAGGAGGAUGAUGACCUGGUAGGACCAGGCCUAAGCGACCCUGUGUGAGGCAGGAGAAGCCAGCAGCUUGCCCCCAGCAGUGUGCUGUGUUUGUGAGGAAGCUGCCGGCCCAGCAGGGCACCAGGAAAGCCCUCCGGUCUCCAAAGAGGGCUUGCACAGCUUUACCAAUGGUUUUUUUCCAGGGUAGCUGCCAAGUCCUGGAAUGAGCAAGACUCAGCUGCCCAGAGGGGUCCCUGCGGACAGCAGGGGCUGGGAUGGGACACCUGAUAGCCAGUGAGAAAUGCAAGCACGACUUGGGAGAAACACAAGUCUUAUUUUCAGUCUUACAGAUAAGGCGAUCCUCAUUUUGUCAUGUGCAUUUGUGUACCCGCUGAAUAGCAAAAUAACAGCAAGAAAAGAUGACAAUUUAUAUUUUCAUAGACCCAGAAAAAGUAACAGGCAACACUGUGUUUCAAAUUUUCGAUUAGUUGAUUUUACAGUGCAAACAUGGAAGAAUCUGCAGCAUGGUAGGAGAAAAUAAUUUUAUUAAUUUUAUAAUUUUACUGAGAUUGCUAUUUAAAAUAAUUAGAUGUGGGGAUACUACAGGAAAAUAGGAAAACGUUCAUGCUGCAGAUGAGUUUUUCAGAUGAGUUUUAACAAAUAUUUUUGAAUCUUGAAUCUUUGAAUAAGAUGAAAUUAUUCUGAAUAUGUGUGUUUGGGUGAUAACAGUUGCCAACAAAAAUAUGGCUCAUAACACCAGUUUCAUUUGAUUGCCUUCGAUACAUUUUUAAAAAUGCUACACUACUUUAUUCCACAUUAGGUGAAAUUUAUUUUUUCUUAAAGUCAGAUUUUAUCAUGUAAAAAAACAUUCUGGAUAUGUAGGUAAAUUUGAUUUAUUAUCUGAUUAUAGGAGUUUCUGAUUGUAACUGGCAUUGUUUGGAUACAGGAGAGUUAAUUAAUCAUCAUUAAUGAAUCACAGUUAAUAUGUCCAUUACAGUUGAGUGCUACAUCUUUACACUGGAAGAAGCAGUGGAUGUGUAGCAGAAACUUUGGAGUGAAAUAGUUCUGGGUUCUUAUAAUCCCUUCUCUGAUAUCUACCAACUCUGUGUCCUUAGGCAAGUUAAUUACCAUCACUUUCCUGAUCCAUAAAGGGAAUAAUACUAAUAUCUACAAAAUACGGUUAGAGUGAAGUUUCAUGAAGUGAUGAAUGUAAAUAACCUGGCAGAGUGCCUGGGGAUACAGCAUGAUUCAUCACGAUACCUACUAAUAUUAAUACUGUCCAGUUAGAAAAUUAUUUAGAUAAAAUCAUCUGGGUAAUCAUCACGGUGUAUUAGCAACACAAAAUCAAUUUAUAACCUCUUUUUACUCCUGCUGGAGAAGCUGUAAAGCCUAAAGAUUUGCCUUCUCAGUUUCCUUCUGGCUAGAGCUAGUCAUGAGACCUUGUGGCCAAUGGAAUGAUACCAACAUACAAGACUUCUGGAAAAACCGGACAGACUCAGGGUCCAUUUGGACCUCAGGGCCCUCUAGGAUACCCAGGACCUCCAGGUGUCAAGGGUGCAGAUGGAAUUUGGGGUCUGAAGGGCCAUAAGAUGCAAAGGGUCCACAGGGUCAGCGGGGUCCCUGAGGUGCCACUGGGAAGUCUGGAGCUAAGGGGGAGCCAGGACAUUCAGGAUCUCCAAGGAUCCAGGGCAUUCCCUGGUCCUGCUGGGGAGAAUAGAACCCCUGGGCCACUAGUCAAGUGGGGUCUCACUGGCAUGCCUGGUCCCCAGGGCCGAUGAGGAGUAAAGCCCAGGUGAAAGAGAGGCUGCCCCUGGGUGCUGGAGCCUCCCCUCUGCCUUUCUGCCCCUCAGGUGCCUCUGUCUCCAGAUGUCUACCCACCACCCCCAUCCACGUAUCCCAUGUUGACCCCUUCUGGGGACAGGGGUUUCCUAUAGUUAUUGCUGCCCUGGGGCUCCCAGGCUUCGGGCCCUCCUCCCUGCCUCACCCCUUCCACUUUGAACCCCUGCUCCAAUUCACAUCCCCUCUGCUGCCUUUCAGGACACAUUCCUUGUGUGCAUUUCUGGGCCUCCAGGUGCUGUGGGUGCCUUGGGUCCCACAGGCCCAGCUGGUGCUGAUGGUCUGAGGGGCUCUGGGGCCCAGUGUGAGUCACUGCAGGCGAGGGCUGGACUUGAGGAGGAAGGUGAAAAGCCCGGGGAGGAGUGCAAUGUGGGGUGCUCCUCCCCGUCCCUGGGGUCCCCUCAAAUCUGCAGGGUCAGCAAGGCCAACCUGGAGCCACAGGCCAGGCUGGGCCUUCCAGUCCUGUGGUGAGUGACUGGGAUGGGGCUGGUGAGGGGUGAGGGUGGGCGCCCUGGGGCAGCCAGCUAAGGCCCUGCAGGAAGUGGGAGGCGAUGGGAGAACCGAGUUUCCUCCUCUCUCUGGAGAGAGGGACUUCUGUCUCCCCAAAGGGACCCCCAGGGCUUCCUGGCUUCGGGAGCGAUGCUGGAGCCGAGGAAGAGAAGGUGAGUGACAGACACAUGGCCAGGUGUGUCUCCCAUCACCCUCAGCCCUGAAGCCUGUGGGACUCUGAGGGGCCUGCUCUGCUCCAGGCCCCCAGCCACCAGGCCCCGGGGUCCCUGCUCAGUGAGGGCCACCCACAGACCCUGCACCCAGGGCAUUCUCUGUGUCUUGGCCUUUCUCCCCCAUCCACGUGACUCCUCCUGUGUUCCCCAACCACCUGCUCCCUUCUCUAGGGGCCACUCAGGUCUCACUGGACUGAUUGGGUCCCCUGGGGGAGCAGGGAGAGAAUGGGGAUCAGGGUCUUCCUGGCCCUCAGGGCUCCCCUGAACAGAAAGGGAGAGGUGAGUACAGGGCCUGGUCCUGGAGGGUGGGGUGAGGGGUGGGGAGUGGGAGGAUGGGGUUAAAACUCAGCUGUGGGUGAGGGAGCUACUUUUUAAAAUUGUAUAUAGAGAUGUGGUCUCACUACGUUGCCCAGGAUGGUCUCCAACUCGAGCAAUUCUCCCACCUUGGCUUCCCAAAGUGCUGGGAUUACAGCAUGAGCCACUGCGCUGGGAUGACUUCUAUUUUCUAAAAGCAACUCUACUGGGAGAUUUAUGCUGAGGAAA